AUGGUCAAAGACUGGCAGAAGAAGAAGUGGGAGGUGACGGAGGGUGUGCUGAGGUACAUCUGCAGAGCGGGGGUGAAGAUUAAAACGGUUCCCAGUAUGGACACGAAGUCCAACUCUGCCCAAUCAGCUUUUGAGGACUUUGUGUCUUUGGCUGAGAUGGAGGACGCCCUGUUGAGGAACCUCUUUAAAGGCUACCAGAAGUGGGUUCGGCCCGUUCAGCACGCCAACGACACCAUAACGGUUCGCUUUGGACUGAAAAUCUCACAGUUGGUGGAUGUGGAGUGGAUUGAUGUGAAGCUAAAGUGGAACCCAGAUGACUAUGGAGGAGUAACCUCCAUCAGAGUACCGUCAGAGACUAUAUGGCUGCCUGACAUUGUUCUGUAUGAAAAUGCUGACGGUCGAUUUGAAGGCUCCCUGAUGACCAAAGCCAUCGUGCGGUGGGACGGCACCAUCACCUGGACCCCGCCGGCCAGCUACAAGUCCUCCUGCACCAUGGACGUCACCUUUUUCCCCUUCGACCGGCAGAACUGCUCCAUGAAGUUCGGCUCCUGGACCUACGACGGGAACAUGGUGGACCUGGUGCUGGUGGACCACUACGUGGACCGAAAAGACUUCUUCGACAACGGCGAGUGGGAGAUCCUGAACGCCACCGGAGUGAAGGGGAGCCGGAGGGACGGGGUCUACUGGUACCCCUUCGUCACCUAUUCCUUCAUCCUGAAGAGGCUUCCCCUGUUCUACACCCUCUUCCUGAUCAUCCCGUGCCUCGGCCUGUCCUUCCUCACCGUGCUGGUGUUUUAUUUGCCCUCGGAUGAAGGGGAGAAACUCUCCCUCUCCACCUCGGUUCUCGUGUCGCUCACUGUGUUCCUGCUGGUCAUAGAGGAAAUCAUCCCAUCCUCCUCAAAGGUUAUCCCUCUGAUUGGAGAGUACCUGCUCUUCAUCAUGAUCUUCGUCACCUUCUCCAUCAUCGUCACCGUCUUUGUCAUCAACGUCCACCACCGCUCCUCGGCCACCUACCACCCCAUGGCCCCCUGGGUAAAGAGCCUGUUCCUGCAGAGGCUGCCCAGGCUGCUGUGCAUGAGGGGACACACCGACAGGUCUGUGGCCCAAAAGCCCUCAAAAUGA